AUGUUCGAGAACUUUACUUUUGGGGCUACUCCGGCCAAUCCUUAUCAAUGCGACGAUGAUGUACAACUAUCACCCAUGGACGAUUCAUUCCUAUCAUUAUCACCUUCUCCCAACUCUUAUCCUUUCUUCGACGACUACAAGCCUUCCUCUCCACUUGAUGAUAUUAUCAGUCAAUUUGGUCAACAUUCUCUUUCAUAUGAAAAUGCAAGAAAUAUCCAGCCUCGGCAAUACAUAUCACCAACACCUUCAUUAUCGGAAGAUUCGGGAAUGAGUUCUCCAUCCAGUACCACCCAAUCUUUGCCCACCACACCCACCUCCCCUCCCCAAGCUGGAGUCCUAGCCUGCCGACGACUACAACGCCAACUCAAUGUUCAACUCCAAUGUUCCACCUCUCAUGUACGCGAUAUUAGUACAUUAGUCGAGGAUAUGCUUAGCAAUAAUUCCCAAUGCAAUUUGCGCAAGUCACCCUCGAAAGGCAACGUUAUUUCCUCGCCUAUCUCUUCUCUGGAAGUUGAUCCUAGUACACAAAAUGAUUGGAAUGAGAUGGAAAUUGAGAGGGCGAGGAGACGAUGGCUAAACACUGUCGUUAAUGACAUUGAUGAGGGGUAUGUGGAAGGAGAUGACUGGUAUAGGGAAGAGGAGUGUUUAUCGCUUAGAAGAGCUAGCACACCGAGUGGAAUUAGGAAGCAAAAUCUGAGGUGUAGAACGAGUAUUGAAAGUGUUGGUGGAGUUAGAGUGAAGGUCGCCAAGAUACCGAGAAUGAGGAUCAGGAAAGGAAGGGUUGGGGGGGUGGUUGAGUAA